AUGCAGGAUUGUCGUAAACAACAGAAGACAACUCCAGCCCUCUUUUGCAGAAAAGUUGUCCUAAGGUUCGAGGAGUUGAAGAAAGACCACACUGCGAAGUACCAGAACUUGCUGAAGCAGGUAUUGCAAUCUGGCACUCUGGUGGAAGACCAACCCACACCUCCAACUGGAGAAGGUGGCGGCGGCGGCGGUGAGGGCGAGGGAUCUACGGCAGAACAGCAGCUGAAGUCUUUUGGCUCCGUGGCCGAGCUUGAAACAGCGGAUGGCCCAUUCAUUGCCCGUUGCGCCUCCGAAAUCACUGGCAUUGAAGUGAUCAAGGGAAAGUCCGGGCAAAUUUAUUUGCUGUCGGACCGUGCUCGCAUCAUUUCGAAACACAGCUUGGUUGGCGGCUUUGGUACUGGCAAGUACGUGCCCACGAGCACGAGCGGUGUGGAGGAGUCUCGAAAGGUUCUCAUGACUUGGCCUUUGGGGGACAAAACCAUGAUGCAAAUCGACCAGCAAAGCCUCAAUGUGGACCAGACAUCGUUUGACAUGAUGACCCUGUACAAGUACUUGACAACAGUUGAACGUUUGAAGAGAGUGACGUCGCACAGCGUGUCCUAUAGCGAGAUCACUCGCCAAACCGAUUCGACUGGGCAAGACUCCUUCAAGGUGGAGUUGAAAACCCCACACUUCUAUCAAACCUUGCCGGAUCUGACAAAGGCGCUCACAUGCAAAAGCAUCUUCUUUGACAGUUACCAGAUCAUUGAGUCUGGCAGCGGCUUGAUGACGGCGUUUCGAUAUCGCUUCGACCGCGUCAAUGCCGUUACCAAGGUCCAGAAGCCUUACUGUUUUGCCAGGCGUGCAAUCAGCAUGGAAGCCAGCAAACCCAUUGCCAUGGGAAGCGCAGGGGGGCAGUAG